AGCUGGAUCUCGGAGGCUACAGAAGAUGGCGGAGAGAGGGGGCCGGCCGCCUCAGAGCUGCAGAACCGGGGAAUAAAAGCCUGAUUUACUGAAUAUUCCCUGAUAUUAGGAGGUUAGAUAGGUGGCUGUGGCAAAGGACUGCGCCUCAUGCGACAGGAUGGACAGUGCUUAGACGUGGGCGAGGUUUAAGCUGAAUGCAUUGUGAUUUCCAAUAAUUGAGACAGUGAAUUGUAAAAAGCUGUCUACAUUAAUGAAAAGAACAAUGUAGUCAGCUUAGCAUAUUCACCACUGUACGAGAGGUCUGCACGUGAGCGUGGUUCAAUUCUGCAGCCGGCUACUGAUGAUGAUGAUGAUGAUGAUGGUUAUGACGGUGUCGCUCUGGUUUGUGUAGUUAUUUGUAGGGCUGUUUGUUAAUAUUAUUAUUAUUAUUAUUAUCUAUCUGUUAGUGUAGGAUUCUCCCUAUUGUCCAUAUUCCCAGCCAGACAUUUGGUGUUUAUUUUAGCAGUGUUUUUAUCAGUGUUAGCAUUAGCGCUAGCAUUAGCGUUAGCAGUUGGACGAUGGACGUCAGCGAGUUCUUUCCCCCUCUCCCGCUGGAGCCCCCCAGUGACGAAGGGUCAGGGAACGGUACGUGUAAAGCACCUCCACCACCUCCCCUGCAAACGUCCAGUGACGCCGAGGACAUGGACGUUAGCUCUGGUGGUGAUGGACCAGCGCUCACCCCGGCAGAGGACAGGGACGCUCCCAUUCUUACCAAAGGCUCCGCCUCCUUAAGCUACAAGCGAAGCAUCGCAGCAGCAGCCGACGCCCCCUGCGGUCCCGGCGGUUCCUGUCCCCGGACCGCCCGCCACGCGCCCCCCGUCACCAAAUUCCUCCCCGACCUAAAGCUCCUCCGAGACGUUAAGAUCAGCGUGAGCUUCGGCGGGGACAGCAGCAGCAGCAGCAGCAGCAGCAGCAUUAGGAGCAAGGACAGGAAGGUCCUGUACACGGGCGCGGGACAGUUAGGACAGUUAGGGGACGGAGAGCAGGACGUAGGGAACGGACAGGUGUGCGGUGAGGGUGUAGAGCAGGGGGCGGGGCAGGUGAGCUCAGGGCAGGUAGACAGGAAGAGCGAGGAGGCCGAAGUCGAGCAGGAGAACAAGGUGGAGUUUGCGGUGUUGGACGAGCUGGAGGACUUCAGCGAGAACUUUCUGGAAGGAGACGACGGAGAGCAGAGUGAGUUCACCUCAGAGAUGAUAGUUCAGCAGGAGCGAACCAACGAGGAGGAUCUCGGGUACGCCUACGAGGAGGACUUUGACAAUGAUGUAGAUGCUCUGUUGGAGGAGGGCAUGCCCGUGCCCAAGAAGAUGCGCCUGGCAGAAGAUAAGUACCAGGCAGACAGUGACCACCAGUCCGACGGGGAGUCCGGCGUCCAGCCCAUGAUGACCAAAAUAAAGACCGUACUUAAGAGUCGCGGACGUCCGCCAACAGAGCCUCUUCCUGACGGGUGGCUCAUGACAUUCCACAACUCCGGCAUUCCAGUCUACCUCCACCGGGAGAGCAGGGUCGUGACGUGGUCUAGACCUUACUUCCUUGGAACAGGAAGCAUCAGGAAACACGACCCUCCCACCAGUAGCAUUCCCUGUUUGCACUAUAAGAAAAUGAAGGAACAGGAGGAAAGGGAACAGAACGGAGAGGUCACUCCCAACACCGUCUCUCCGCUUAAAGCCGGGGAUCCGGAAUCUGAAGCUCUGGAGAACGCUAAAGAACCUGACUCCACCGCCCAGGAGGAGGUCUCCACCAGCGGGCAGCACGAGGAGCCCGGCCCCGACACCACCGGCCCCGCCGAGGCCCAGGGCAGCGAGACCGCCCAGGGGGCACUGGGGCAGGUCAAGGCCAAGGUGGAGGUGUGCAAGGACGAGUCCGUGGAUAUUGAGGCGUUUCGGAGCUACCUGGAGAAGUGCUUCGACUUCGAGCAGGUCACUGUGAAGAAGUUCAGGACCUGGGCGGAGCGUCGGCAAUUCAACAGGGACAUGAAGAGGAAGCAGGCGGAGUCGGAGAGGCCGAUCCUCCCGGCCAAUCAGAAGCUCAUCACGCUGUCCGUGCAGGACGCUCCCACUAAGAAAGAGUUCGUCAUCAACCCAAAUGGAAAAUCCGAGGUCUGCAUUCUUCAUGAAUAUAUGCAACGUGUGCUCAAGGUCCGACCAGUUUACAACUUUUUUGAAUGUGAAAACCCAAGUGAACCCUUUGGAGCCUCUGUGAUUAUAGACGGGGUUACGUACGGCACAGGAACUGCAAGUAGUAAAAAACUCGCCAAGAAUAAAGCUGCUCGAGCAACACUGGAGAUCCUCAUCCCUGACUUUGUGAAGCAAACGUCGGAGGAGAAACCAGUAGAAGGAGAUGAACUGGAGUAUUUUAACCAUAUCAGUAUUGAAGAUUCGAGAGUGUAUGAACUGACCAACAAAGCAGGCCUACUCUCACCUUACCAGAUCCUUCAUGAGUGCCUUAAGAGAAAUCAUGGGAUGGGUGACACCAGCAUCAAGUUUGAGGUGAUUCCAGGGAAAAACCAGAAGAGUGAAUACGUGAUGACCUGUGGGAAGCACAGCGUACGCGGGUGGUGUAAGAAUAAGAGAGUGGGUAAACAGUUGGCCUCUCAGAAGAUCCUGCAGAUGCUUCAUCCUCAUGUGAAGAACUGGGGCUCUCUGCUGCGUAUGUACGGCAGAGAGAGCAACAAGAUGGUCAAAAAGGAGAACUCAGAUAAGAGUGUGAUUGAACUUCAGCAGUUUGCCAAAAAGAACAAGCCAAACCUCCACAUUCUGAACAAACUCCAGGAGGAGAUGAGGAAACUGGCUAAAGAAAGGGAGGAAACCCAGAAGAAACCCAAGAUGACGGUGGUGGAGUCGGCUCAGCCGGGCAGCGAGCCGCUGUGCACUGUGGACGUCUAGCUGACCUUCAUCAACCUUCAUCCACCUGCUGACCGAGAAAAAACAAAAAUACACAAGCACUGACAGAGGCUCCAGUUCAGCUCCUACAGAAGGUCCUUAUUACUGAAUUAUGCAUCAAAAUUUUGUGUAAAACGGCAAUACUAGUUACUAGUUACGUUUCAUCGCAGACGCAUCGCCGCGGUCUGAACGCUGUUCACCAGACGUUUCCUUUUCCUGAAUCAUCUGUGGGAUCUGAUUCACUUCGGUUCGUUUAGUCUGAUUAACAAUAAUGCACUUAGUGAGUCGUAGACUGAAUCGUAUGAAUCAUAUGAAUCAUCAUAAUGACUCGUCUUUAUCAUGCACCUGCAGCAUUUAUGAUAUACAAAGAAAAAACAACAGAACAGAACAGCGGGAGAGGAGAGAAGCGUACGCCUGAUGAUCUGGAGCAGGUCUUGUGUCCGAGUGAAAGUGUGUGUGAGUGUCUGAUGGCAUUAUUUUUGUGUUUUUAAGCGUUUUUGUGGCUUUUAGAUUUAACAUGAUUUAAUAAAGGAUUCGUUAUUUGA